AAAACACGGUGUCGCUCAAAUCGCAGGUGUUCAUUUCCGCAUUUACCUUGAUUUUGAAAACAGAAACAUUAAGAAGACAUAACUGACAUAAUGUCACGGGAGACAUUAAUCCUUUUACUGAUAUAUUUUUCUAUAAAUACUGUUUCUGGAUUAAAUUGUUAUCAGUGUAAUUCAACAUUAGAUUCCAACUGUGCUGAAAAGUUUGACCACAGACUGGAAAACAACCCUGUACAACCUGAACCAUGUACAAUCUAUCUAGCUCAGUACUGUGUCAAAGUUACAGGAAUAUGGGGAGGUAUUGUUGGGACACACAGAUUCUGCAGUUCAAAAGAUCUUGGUGACCGAUGUCAGAAUGUAAUCUACCCUGAUCAUGACAGAAUGUACAGACCAUGUGUGCAUACAUGUUCUGCUGAUGGUUGUAACAGUGCUGCCACCUACUGGACAAAAAGGACAAUAGCCUGGAUAAUAACAGCAGUAUUUUUUUCUCUGAAAAUGAUGAAGUUUUGAAUAUGCAAUAUAUGAUCUGUCCAUUGUAGAUAUCAUCUAUACAUAAUGUAUAUACAGAAUCUGUAAAUAUCUGGUAUUGAUUCAAAAUUUGUACAAUGUUAUUUUCAAUCCAGUUUUCAAUGUUACAACUGAAACUAUAUUUCUUAUCAUUUAUUUAUCAAAUCACUAUCAUUUCAUUAAAGAAAACAACUUAUAAACAUCUUCUAGCAAUAACUUAAACAGUCAAUUUAAGGUAGUUUCGAGGUCUAAAUGUUAAAUUUCAAAACUGAUGGUAUGUAUUUUUUAUUAAACUUUUCUCAAUUUUUUUAAUAUCUAAAUACUAGUAAUUUACACAUGCACUGCCAAUUCUUGGCUGCACUGCCUUUAAUCAUGUCUAUUCCAUCUGGAACUAGCAAAUGGGAGUAAAAAUUGGACUAGGACCCAGACUACUUAUUUUAUAGUACAUUGUACUUUAAAAUUUUCUUUUAUAUUUUCUAAAACCACUUCAUAAAAACAUGGUUUUUUUUUUGUUCAAUGGUUUAUAUUCUUGUAAUGCAAGAAUUUGCAAUCAUUUGUUCAGCACUUCAUUGGACACAUGUGGUAUUCUCUGUGCCAUAUUAUAUAAAUACUUUAUACAUGUAUAUAGUUUGUGUUUUCACAUUCCUAUCAUUAUUUUUACAAACGCUCAGGAUGUAAAUUGAACUGUUUCUUGAUUGUUUUUCUAAGAAAAGAUUUAUCAUUCCUAUAUGACCCAUUUAUUUCAGUAAUGUUAUUUCAAAUGCUAUGAUUAUGUUCUUUUUAAUUUAUUUAAGAACACCAUAGAAAAUUAAAGAUGUCUUGGAAAAAAUACAAUUUUUCUUUGUAUCCAUUGCUAUAUGUGUAUACUUUAUAGAUUAAUUGUCUACUAUUUAACAAAAAAGAAUUUGUACAAUUUGAUUUCAAUUGAAAACUCCCGUUUUUACCUAAGUAAAUAUUAUUUACAUGUACUCUUAAAAAUUACUGAACAGUUUAAUUUAUACAUUUUUUAAAGACCAUGAACAAUAGGAAGUCUUCUAACUUUUAUUUGAUGGAUGUUAAGUAGCCAUUAAUCAAUCAGUCUGAUUUAUUGUGUUGUGCUUUAAAAAUCUGUUUACAUUUGUACAAUUGUAACUUUGAAAAUACCAAUAAUUAAAACACAUUUUAUGUUCAUGCUCUAAGCAUAGUGAUUAUUUGCUUUUAAGAUUUGAAAAUUACCAGCAGUUGUUAAUGGAAUGAGAUUUUGAUAAUUGCUUUGUUUUGUCAUUUUAAAAUAUGUAAGUUGUAUGCAAUGUAUAUAGAUAAAAGAAGUUAGUGAUUAUAUUUUGUACAUUCAUUAUAUAGAACAUAUCAUAGUUGAUAUCAUCAGUAAAAUAAUACUGCAGUAACAUUUAAAUCAACUGUUAGUUUCUAGUGUGGGACAUUUUGAUAACAUUUACAUUAACUGUGAGUUACUAGUAUAGAACCUUUUGAUAACCAUAGUUUUAAAACUGAGAACAACCAAAUAAAGUCCUCAGAUAUUUUGUAAAUCUUGAAGCGAGAUAGCAAAAUUCAUGUUUUUUUUUGUUUUUUUUUUAAUUAUAAAUACUUUAUUGAUAUAUAUUUAAGGUUGUGAAAUUUAUGGUAGGUUACAAAGUUUUUCAAAAUGUGAAGUUCAAUACCUGUUGACCUGAUUACAUGAAGAUUAAUUCAAAAUGGGUUUCUUGUAAUUUAUAUGUAUAAUUGUAUAUAUAGAAAUGAAGCAAUUCCUUUAUUUUGUACAUAACAAUUUGAUAAUAUGAUUUUUUCCAAUAUACAAGUUUCUAUAUCAAUCAUUCCAUUUUAUAAAAUUUACAAUGAAAUAAAAAUAAUAUUUU